AUGAAACGCAAGCAACCGGAUUCGGACGACGAGCGUCCUGUCUCGACGCCGAAGAGACAGAGAACGGCAGACUUCAAUGGCUCCACGAACGGACAUGUCGAAAAGGGGGAUACAGUGAUGACCACGCCGGUGAAACGAAUAAAGUCGACCUCCCAGAAAACUUCGACGACAACGCCGGCGGCUUUGAAGGAAUCAGGAAUAAAAACACCUACGCACCAGUCCAAGGCAAAAGCUUUAUUUUCGACCCCUACGAAGAACAAGUCGACCUCUACACCGUCCAGAGCGCGUAAUGCCGACCGGUCCGCGAAAAAGAAGAGCGCCCGCUUUCUCUUGGAGCACGAUGAGGAUGACAUCUGGGACGACGGUGACCGUUUGGCGGAGGAGAUCCUGGGGGAUGAGAAUGAUGUCCAGGAGACGACUACUGAUGGCAGCAAGGAUGUGGUCGAGUCAGUUGAGGCAAAUACAGGGACCUCGGUAAACAAGAAGACGGCUGCGACCCCAAAACGUCGUGCAGGAAGACCAAAAGGCGCGAAGAAUAAGCGAUCUCCAACUCCAGAAGGAGAGCUCCCACCGCACGAGCGAUACUUCUUCCAAAACCGUGCUGGUCCUCCCCGAACGUCGAAUAAUAAUUUGAACAAAGUGCACCUUUUGACUCAUGAGGAGUAUUUCGAGAAGUUGGCCAAGUACGUGGAUCCCUUCAAGAAGGAGAAGUCCUUCUUGUUCGACCUUCAUUGUCGAUCCUUCGCACAGUGGAGCUUCGAGUUCGAUCAAGGCUUCAACAUCUGUCUUUACGGAUAUGGCUCCAAGCGCCUGCUUGUACAGAAUUUCGCCGAUUGGCUCCAUCAGAAACACAGCCCUUCCCCUCCUUCGAUUGUCAUUGUCAACGGUCAUACCCCGAAUAUAUCCAUCCGAUCCAUUUUUGCUACGAUUGUCACAGCCGUUCUUGGUGCGGAUAUCCCAUCUAAAAUGGGUUCUCAACCCGUGGAGGUCUUGGAGUUAUUGCAAUCGGUGUUGAAAUCACAGCCCUCGCGACGGCCAAUUACUGUCCUAAUCAACUCCAUUGACGCGCCCCCCCUCCGACGAGCAGCGAACCAGGCUCUUCUUGCGCGGUUGGCUUUCACGCCAGAGAUCAACCUCCUAGCAACGGCCGACACUCCAAACUUCUUAUUAAUGUGGGAUAUCAGUCUCCGUGACCAGUUCAACUUUGCUUUCCAUGAUUGCACCACCUUUGCACCUUUCGAAGCAGAAUUCGACGUGGUAGAGGAGGUUCACAGUCUUCUCGGCCGCAAGGGCCGACGCGUUGGUGGCAAGGAUGGCGUUGAGUUCGUGCUGAAGAGUUUGCCAGAGAACGCACGGAAUCUGUAUCGGGUUCUUCUGACGGAGCUCUUGACCAUGAUGGAUGACGGGCACCAAUCUGACGAUGACAUCGACGGUGGUAAUGAUGCUGAAGAACGAGGAGUCGCUAAGGAAGAGAUCGGCAUUGAUUUCCGGCUGCUGUAUCAGAAGGCCUGUGAAGAAUUCAUUGCUUCGUCGGAGAUGAUGUUUCGCACCCUGCUGAAGGAGUUCCACGACCACCAGAUGAUAACAUCCAGAAUGGAUACGAGUGGAACGGAGCUGUUGGGAGUUCCGUUGUCUCGCGAAGAGAUGGAGGGAGUCCUGGAGGAUUUAGUGUUGGGCUGA